AUAUCACGCUCUAUUUAAUGGUAUUAAACAUAAUUUCGCCAAUUUCAUCCUUUGAUUCAUUCAGUUAGCAUUAGCAUGAUAGCUGUUGCUGCAUUCAAACACACGCUUUCUAACAGCGCCUCUCUUCGAUCUGCUGUUUAAGUCUCUUUUACACUAAAAUAAUCCAGCAUUGGACCUUUGUGACUAAUUGUGUGUUAUUCUAUUGAUUUCUUUCAGCGUUUACUGCUAAAAUGGAUUUAUUUGAUGAUCUUCCGGAACCUACAAAUGAUCCAGGUCCUGUGAAAGCCAAGCAGCCGGAGGAGGAGGAGCGAGGAGAGAAGAGGAAGAGAGACGUCUGCUCGCAGGACACAGAGGUGGAGGACAAGAGACGAGAGGAAAAGAAAGUUUGUAAAGCAGAUCUGCCGAAGCUGACGGGUUUUGUGUCAGCGAGACGCGGCGAACGAGAGGAGAUGCAAGAUGCACACGUUCUGCUUCCAGACCUGACAGCCACCAUCCUCCCCUCGCAAGUGUGAGUGAUCUAUCUCUCCAUCUAUCUAUCUAUCUAUCUAUCUAUCUAUCUAUCUAUCUAUCUAUCUAUCUAUCUAUCUAUCUAUCUGUGUGUGUCCGUCUGUCUGUCCAUCCAUCUAUCAUCCAUCCAU